AUUUUAAGGAAAAAAAAAAAAAAGGAAAAGAAAAAGAAAAAGAAAGAAUGCAUACUAGUCUUGAAAAUAACAGGACAACAGAGACAACUUCUUUAUUGUAUAAUCGUCAAUCGUCUUUACAAAACAGAAGGCACUACACAGAAAGCCCUUUAACAAUACCUUUACCUUCUCCUUAUCGAGAAGGUGAACAGCAAAUUGCAACACAUCCUACUACAACACCAACCAAUAGCAGUCGCUUUAAAUGGUUCAAUAAACGUUCAGGAUCUUAUGAUGAAGAUAGACUAGGAUUAGUUAGGGAAAACACUGGUAUUCGAGUUUGGAGUGAGUCUUAUUCUAGUAUAGAUUGGAUUCAUGAUAGAAUUAAAGAGGGUGUUAGAAAAAGAAAAUUACAAGAAGUAUCCGGUUUAAGAGGACGAUUGUUAAAAACAAAUGAUGCAUUGCAGGCAUGGCUUUUAGUCAUUCUUGUAGGUACUGUUGUAGCUGCUAUUGCCUGGUUUAUAGACGUAGUUCAAGAAUGGAUGUCUGAUCUCAAGCAAGGAUAUUGCACAACUAAUUGGAGGUUAAAUAGCAAUUUUUGUUGCUGGGAAAAUAAUGAGACAUGUCAUGCAUGGAAAACUUGGCCAGAAGUAUUUGGCGUUGAAGAUGAAGAAUUAAGUUAUUAUGUAGCCAUGCUUAUGUAUACUGUAUUUGGUUUGUUGUUUUCAUUAAUUGCCGCAUUAAUGGUCAAAUUUACAGCAGAGAAAGUUAAAACCCAUCAUACUGCAUAUAAGCCAGUACCUUUCUCGAAAACACCUUCUAUCACUUCUAUUCCCUGUGAUACUGCAUAUUUGUCAAGUUGUGAGCCAGAUAAAAAAGAUGAAGUAAUUCAAUCUUCAAAGAAUGAAGCAAAGGUUGCGUAUUAUAGUGCAGGCUCAGGGAUUCCUGAAGUAAAAGUUAUUCUGGGAGGCUUUGUAAUCAAGGGAUUCUUGGGCAUAAAAACGCUCAUUGUUAAGAGUAUUGGCAUGAUUUUUUCAACAUCAGCAGGCUUGACGGUGGGAAAAGAAGGCCCUUUUGUUCACUUGGCAUGCUCAGCAGGAAACAUUGCAUGCCGUUUAUUUCCAAAGUAUAAUAAAAAUGAGAGUAAGCGAAGAGAAAUUUUAUCUGCAUCAGCAGCAGCAGGUGUAGCUGUUGCAUUUGGUGCACCUAUUGGGGGUGUACUUUUUAGCUUAGAAGAAGUUAGCUAUUAUUUCCCCAUGAAAACUAUGAUUAGAAGUUAUUGUUGUGCUGCUGUAGCUGCAAUUGUGCUCAAGAUUACAGAUCCAUUUGGUACAGGAAAGAUAGUUUUAUAUCAAGUCUCAUAUGAUAAAGAUUAUCAUUUAUUCGAGCUGAUUCCAAUGAUUAUCUGUGGCGCGUUUGCGGGUUUUUUUGGUGCAUUUACAACUUUUUUUAAUAUCAAAUUUCAACAUUUAAGACGUUCUACUUUUAUUGGAAGGUAUCCAAUUAUUGAAGUGUUGUGUAUCAUGCUUGUUACAGCUAUUAUUAGUUUUUGGAAUCCCUUUUCAAGAAUGAGUCUUAAUGAAUUUGCAGCUCAAUUAUUUUCAGAAUGCUCAUCCACAAAUGAUAAUGGUGGUCUUUGCGCUUAUACUACAGGAGAAAUUCCAAGACUGCUUUAUUUACUUAUUACAGCACUAAUUAUUAAAAUGGCACUUACAAUCGUCACAUUUGGUUGUUCUGUUCCUGGAGGUAUAUUCUUACCUAGCUUAAUUAUUGGUGCCAUUACAGGAAGAAUUAUAGGCCUUAUCAUGCAAUAUGUAACAUUAUCUUAUCCAAGCUUGUUUCCAGCGUGUGCUUACGAUUUAGAAACACGUGGUGAAUGCAUCAUUCCUGGAGUUUAUGCCCUUGUUGGUGCUGCAGCUGGUUUAGCAGGCGUAACAAAAACUACUAUUUCUUUAGUAGUUAUCAUAUAUGAAUUAACUUAUUCUCUUACAUAUUCUUUGCCAAUUAUGAUUGCUGUCAUGGUUGCAAAAUGGAUUGCAGAUGCCAUGUUUGUGGAGGGCAUAUAUGAUUUAUUGAUUGACCUUAAACAAUAUCCUUAUUUGGAAGCACGAAGAGAGUAUAUCCAUACAAUGACAAUCACGAAUGUGACAGAAUAUCUUUCCACGAUUAGUGUUGAUCUGCCUAUCACAGUAGGCGAAUUAAAGCAUAAGCUUUCAGUUAUUAGCACCAUGGGCUAUGGAGAAGAUGGUGGCUUCCCUAUUUUAAGUGAUGGAAAUAUUUUAGAAGGUUACAUUGCUACUAGUGAAGUAAGUCAUGGAUUAGAACAAUUAGAGAACGCUCUAGAAUCCUCUAUGACAGAGACCGAAAUAAAUCAAGUACCUUGCUACUUUACGACAUUUAAUCAAGGAUUAAGUUUUGAUAACCCUUCAACGAAUAUAAUUGAUAACCAGGAUUUGAAAACACCUAUUCGUACUUUAUUAGAGAAUAAUAUAGAUACAUCAAGCAUUAAUAAUUUAGAAGAAGUUGCAUCAAAACAAAUGACCCUAAAUAACUUUUCACAAUAUAUUGAUCACGCUCCUCUCACUAUUAAUCAAAAUGCUUCCAUGACUUUACUUAUGGAUAUGUUUACUAAGCUUGGUGCAAGGUAUGUCUGUGUCACUCAUUCAAAUGGACGCUAUUUAGGAAUCAUCCACAAGCGAAGACUCUUAGCAUACUUGAAAGGAUUAGAUGAAGGAGAUGAAUAGAAAAGAUGUUAUCCAUAUCACUCUUCAUAAUACCUAUCACAUACACAUUCAUACAUUCAUACAUACAUACAUGUACAUAUACAUAUACAUAUAUAUGUGUAUAUAUUUAUAUAUUUAUAUAUUUAUAUUACUUUGAAUAGAUUAAAGCUUUUUAUAUUAUAUAACAAAAAUAUAUGUCUUUUAUCAUCAAUUUAAAGUGAAGCAUAUUGCUUGUAUUUGAAUU